AUGUGCAGUAAUCGAACGAGAAAGAUAUUACAGCUUCUGCAGCCGAUUCCAGAUGAGUCGCUAACCACAGACGAGCAGUUAAAUUCACAAACUUUAAGACUGGUUUCAAUUGAAACAGUAAUUAGAGAAGAGCGCUGUUCGUCACCUUUAACAAAAGAACAGCUGCAAUUUUUUGAAAACCAUGCAAAUGAAGAAAACUUCCAAUAUUGCUUGAGAGAACUAUCACGAGAGUCGCCAGUAAGCAUGUUAAGCCGAGAAGAUAGUCCUUCUGUUUUGCACUCCCGAGAAAGUAGCCAUUCUCUUUUGAAUUCACAAGAAAAUGACCCGUACGAGACAGAUGCAGACUCAAGUAGCAACUGGUCACCCUCCCCGCGCGUCCGAAAAAAUCCUCGAUUGACUGUUAUAAGUUCAACAUCAGAUUCGUCUGAAUCUAAUGUCGAUGAAAACGUAAACAACAAGAGAAAAUCAAGAAAACGUUUACGUGAUCAAAAAAACUGGAAACGUGAAAUAGCGAAAACAAAAAAGAUUAGCGGGAGAAAGGUAAGGAAGCAGAAAGAUGGUAUUUUAUAUUAUAAAACCAGUUUCCAUGACGAAGAGUUCUCUGAGAUCAAUCUUAAAAAGAAUACUAGACAAAACCUUAUAUUGUCAAACUCCCUGCCACAGGCUCAUGAAAACAUUCGUCCUAUCAGUAUUGCGAAAUACAAAGAUUUGGUGACGUUAACUCAAUGGAUUGCCGAUCCAGAACUAAAAAAAGUUUUACAUUGA